UGCUGACGGAGCGAGAGCAGCAGCGGCAGCCAGUGUGAGCACAGCCGUGGCAGCGUGCGGGUGUGCUCCUCUCUGCUCCUCCAGCAUUUGAUCUACACGGAGCUCUACACGGCGGUUGUGUGCUGUCGGGACAUUUGUUAAUUCGAGAGUUAAGACGCUGCCGAGUUGUUAAGACUCCGUUUUUAUAGUGAUCUACGUGCUUUCGUUAGAUAUUCAGGUGCACAAUACCGUUUGAAGAAAGACCAAACUUAGACGUUACUGUAUAUAUAUAUUGCAAGUGCUUAAAAUUUGUUGAAGUAUAGUUAACGUGGUGUCAAAUUAAUAUCGCCUAGGCAUUUUGUAGCAUUUGAUAAGACUUUUCCAUACGUAGAGGCUACAUGAUAAACUACCACCUACAUUUACCCAAGAAGAUGGGAGUUAAACUCUUUUAUCCACGAAGACGUAGUUUCAUCUUUAAAGUGUUGGCGUUUUGUACCUUUAUCGGGUUCGUUGGACUCUGGUUUAAGAACGACGACGAUGUGAACCUCGACAAUGAGGGCCUUGCAUUACGAAAUUUCCACAAGGACCCUAAUGACAUUCCAGUGCUGGAUAGGUCCAAAACCAACAAGCCCUUGGCUCAGGUAGCUCAACCAGACAAUCAAAUCUUGCAUGUAAAUGAGGUGGAGCCCCACGCGCCCGCUCGGGAGAUACGUCUACCACCUCCCAAGGUGCCUCACAACUUGCAAGACUUCAAGCCUCCGGAAAGAAAGCAUCACCUUCCCAAUAAAAACGAAAUGCUCGAGAAGCUGAAGGCUGAUCGUUGGUUUUUAGAAGACGAAAUUAAGGUGGUAAAAGGCCUGGGAGAGAUGGGAAAGCCUGUUCAACUCUCGGGAGAAGAAGGCAGGUUAGCGGAAGAAGUCAUGAAGAAGGAAGCUUUUAAUCUUAUCGUUAGUGAUAAGAUUUCGCUGAAUCGCACCGUACCGGACUCCAGAGACUCGCUAUGCCAGGCGGUGAAGUAUGACAACGACCUGCCCUCAGCCUCGGUGAUCAUCAUCUUCACCAACGAGGCAUGGAGCCCUCUCCUAAGGACCAUCUGGUCGGUCCUUACCCGCUCUCCUGCCCGCUUCCUCAAGGAGAUUGUCCUCGUCGACGACUUCUCAGACAGAGUUGAACUUGGUGAAAAACUGGACUUGUACUUGAAGUUUCGCCUGCCAUCCCUGGUCAAGCUAGUGCGGCUAAAGGAGCGACAUGGACUUAUUCGGGCCAGGCUGGCAGGCGCUCGAGCAGCUACAGGCGAUGUGCUUAUCUUCCUUGAUUCCCAUUGUGAAGCCAAUGAUAAAUGGAUGGAACCAUUGCUCCAAAGAAUAAAGGAGAGCCGAUCAGCAGUUCUUGUUCCCAUCAUUGAUGUUAUUGAUGACAAGACUCUUGAAUACUACCACGGGAAUGGACGCUACUUCCAGGUUGGUGGGUUUACUUGGAGUGGACACUUUACUUGGAUAGACAUCAGUGAGCAGGAACAGAAGAGAAGAGCAAAUCCUGUUGGCCCAACAAGAUCUCCAACAAUGGCUGGUGGAUUGUUUGCCAUUGAGCGCAACUACUUCUGGGAGAUUGGAAGCUAUGACGACGGAAUGGAUGUAUGGGGUGGAGAAAACUUGGAAAUGUCUUUCAGAGUUUGGAUGUGUGGCGGCACACUGGAGACAAUACCAUGUUCUCGUGUUGGGCAUAUUUUCCGCUCCUUUCACCCAUAUACUUUCCCUGGCAACAAGGACACGCACGGACUAAACACAGCACGACUGGCAGAAACCUGGAUGGAUAGUUACAAAAGGCUAUUUUAUCUAUACAGGCCUGAAUUAGAGCAUGCAGACUAUGGAGAUGUUGGAGAAAGGAAAGAACUAAGGAACCGCCUUCAGUGUAAAAGCUUCAAGUGGUACCUGGACAAUGUUUAUCCCCAAAAGUUUAUCCUUGAUGAAGAUGCUUUUGCUUAUGGACGAGUACGAAACAUUGGAAUGAAUAUAUGUCUUGAUACCCUUGAACGUGAGGAUCUGGACAACAGUGAUUACUACCUCGGCUUGUAUUCUUGCCAACAUGCGCCUCUUCGGAAUGAGUUUAUGUCCCUGUCAAAAACUGGAGAACUCCGAAGAGAGGAAGUGUGUGCAGAGGUGCCAGCCUUCUUCAUGCAGACAUUAGAAAAAGUUAGAAUGACUCACUGUCAUGGGCAGCGAGGAAAUCAAGAAUGGUUAAUGACGCAGACUGGUCAUAUCAUCCACAAGGCCACAAAUAAAUGCCUUGACAGAGGUGACAAGCAGUCCAUGGAUGAUGUGUUUGUGACAGAUUGUGCAAAUUCACGGACUCAACAGUGGUGGUUUGAUCACUAUAAUUUAUCUUAGUUUUCCUUAAUGAUCAUUAAUUGGACAAUAAUUGUUAUAAAAAUUUGGUUUUAAUAAUCACAUGCACUGGAUGAAGAAAUAAAUAUAUAUUGUAAUUGAUAUAAUAGAAAAUCACACCAUACUGCAGACUUCUUAAUAUAAAAUUAUCUCUUGUAUGCAAUACAUAGUACAGAGUAAUUUCAUUUUUAUUUCUUUACAGAUAUUUAUGACCUUUUAAAUUGGAAUGUAUAGUACAGUACUGUAUAAAUGAUUACACAGCUAGUCUGUAGUGCUAUAGUGGGGGUCAUGGUUUAAUACAAGGGGUGGUCAAAUGAAAACUAGAAAUUACUGUAAAUGUAAAUUAAUGGUGAUAAAUGCUACACUUCAGCAGGGUCCCUACCUUUUGACACACAACAGCAACACAACAACACAAUUUUCUCAGUGGCACUCAUUUACCAUAUCAGUUAAUUUGUUCCACCAACUUGUAAAUUCUGGACUAUGAGAUGUAAGUGUUAAUGGCAUGGUGCAAUGGAUGAUGUGUGUGUCAUUCAGUCAGUCAAAUUCAAGGUAGGAUUGGAUGGAUGACCACACAUUCUCAUUCCUUGCUAGAGAAAUCUUGAUUUUGCCUCCAGAUUUCACUGCCUCUUACUCCUUUAAGGUCCACAAAAAAGUGUGGUCUUCAGUUCAUUGCAUGUUUACAGUAAGGAGCGUUAUUUCCAAUCUCAAAGCUCACAUUCUACUGAGAGCUACAAUUUGUAGGUAAAGAACUUACUACACAUGAAGAGCAACACCUCAGAAUGUCACGUUUUCAUUUAACUCACCUUUGCAGCACUUAUGAGUGGCUGUGUGUGUUGCAAGUUCCUACUCUGGUAAUCUGGCUGUUCUCAAAAGUAAACAUGCUACUUGUGUCCCCUAAAAAUAUGCAAGUUGACAGUUUAAAAAUGUACAUGCUAGUGAUAUCUAUUGCCUUAGAAACAGUGCAGUUGGCAUUGAUAACUAGUGUUAUUUAUUUAUGAUACAAUCAUCGAGUGUUAAUUUGCACAUAGAAAACAUCUAGUAACUAUAAGAUUUACAUCUAUUGUAUGCAGUAUAUAUGGUAUUUAAAUAAGUUAUGCAUGUGUAAAAAAAAUAAAUGUAAAGCACUAAAAUAUCUAGAUUCCUAAUGUAUUUUAUUUCAAAUUGCUGCAGAUCUGUAUAUCAUAGUUACUGGUACAGCUAGUGAAUUGGCAUGAGUACUGUAUUAAGAUUAAUGCUGUAAAGGAAAAUUUUAGGAUAAAUGCAAGAACACUUCAUUGCUAUGCAAUUUUGUGCUCUUUUAAAAAAGAGAAAAUCCAUUGACUACAAUUUUAUGCUUAGGACACUAAUGUUUCAAUAAUUCACAGAUCAUAUUUUAAUGAAGUUGUACUUGUUUUUUAAGUUACUUUGGUGUGGCACUGUGAUGAUUGUAUUUUAACCUAGUACAGGUAGUGCCCAAAAUCCAAGUGAGACACAGAUUUCUUUUAUAAUAAAAUAGUACACUGGCUCAAUAUUUUUAUCAGUUAUGAUCAUUAUGCAGUGAAUAAAUAAUUUAGCAGCAAUUCUAAUAUUACUAUAAAUACAUAUAUAAAACAGAGUAUUGUGAGGUCCAAGCACAAAGAUUAUAUUCAAGCUGAGCAUCUUAACUGCAUAGUUGUGAAGCUUCUGAUUUUACUAACCAGAUUUCUUUGUAAUCAAAACAGAGCAAUAAGUAAUUUAAAUAAAGUUGAGAUAUUUCAAGGAAUGAUUUUAAAACAGAUCUAUUGUAUAUUGUUAAAUGUGCUGGAUAAGAUUAUUAGUCUCAAUAUUCAAAAACUUCUAAAUUAAAAGAAUAUUACUUGUUGUGGCUUUAAACAUGACAUAUUUACAUUAUUAGAGAUGAUUACAAAACUAAGAAAUAUUACAUUUUUCUAUUGAACUGAAAAUAUACGAGUUAAUUCUGAAAACUCUUAGCUCAAGUUUAGAAUAAGAAUGUAAGUAAUAGGCAUAUGAACAUAUCUUUCAUACUUGUAUUUCAUACUUGUAUAUAAUUUCAGGGUAAUUAUGAAUAUUUUAAAUUUUUUGGAUAAUUGUAGAUGUGUAGCAACAUGAAUUGGCAGUUAUCAGUCAGACUGCUGUUAUGUUAGGGGUAGACUCUACAUACAACGUUUAACUUAAAAUUGUUUAACUUAUAUUGUUUUGUAGGAAGAAACCUUACUUGUUACCCUCUAAGAGUUAUACUACAGUGAUAAGUCUGGAAAGUUGCUGUAGACCUUUUAGAAGUUUUUCUCAGUGUUAUGGAAUAGCACCAAGGCAGUAUUAUACCUGAUUUGCCGAACGGCCACCAUCACUGGUGGCCUCAACAGGGGCAGGAAGGCGGCAGCUUGUCAAAAAUUCCCCCUCUCCCAUUAUUAUGGGUGCCUUUAGGCUACCUCUUUCUUUUGGUGUUAUAAUAUUUAUAACAUCUGUCAUUCCAUCCAGAUCUGUCAUAUCUGUUCUUACCACAUCCAUAGAGAUUAUUAAAUAUUUUUGAAUUCCUAGAGGGUGAAGAGUUUAUUUAUGAUAUUUUUAUUGUGUAGCCUUAAUUUGUUAUUGCUUUAUGCAGACAACUUGAGUAAAUGCUGGUUGGAAGUAGAUACACAUUUUGUCACAUUGCCUUUGACAGACAUCCUGAAUAGACAUUAGUUGUUAGUUGAUAAAAUGUAAUUUGCGUUUCAUUCCAAAUAUUUCUGCUAAGUAUUAGAUCAUAAAGGACAAUUGUACAAUUCGUGGUCACCACACACUUGAACUAUACAUCCACCUUUCUAUCUUCACCACCUGAACUAAUAUACAAACAUAUACUGUAUAUAUAUAUAUAAUCUGUAUAUUAUACUGUAGAUAUUAAAGCACUAUGUGUAUACACUAUACCCCUUGAAUUGACAUCAAUCAUUUUAUGACUAGGUGGUGGAUGUGUAAGUGUGGGGUGAACUUGUAUUCAUGGAACAAUGACCAGCUCAGUACACAGAAAAUUAACUGGGAAAGAAAGUUCAGUGUAAGAAGGGCUGCAUCAUAAUAAAUUAUCAUUCAGCAAACAAAAAAAUCUGGACACAACACACCAAGACCUGUUAAUUAUUUAAAUCUGACCAGUCAUUGGCCUCAUGUAGUGCACAAUAUACAUUACCUGAAAUUACAGGAACAUUAAUUACCGGUAUGAUGUUAAUUUAAAAUACUGAACAUGAUUGCCUUGUUAGGGAAACUCAGAUCAUUUAGAUACAUAGGCUAAUAUAGAAAAGUAUUAACCAAAUUUAAUGCUGAUUUUACAUAUUUACUAUCAUUAAAUAGCAUCAAAUAAUAUAAUAAUAAUAUGAUUGAUAAUAAUAAUAAUUAUUAUUAUUAUUAAUAACUAUCAGUGAAACAGAUGACUGGUCCUCCAACUACUAUUAUUUUUUUACAAUAACAAUCAGAUUAACAACUACACAUUAUUAUAACUUACUGUAUAUACAAGUUAUAUAUCAACAUUGUAUUGACCAUACUUUUAUCUGCACGUUUUUCCCACUUGUUGACUAUAUCUGUGGUGCGAGUGAUGUGCAGCUCAAUAUUAAAAUGGGAAGAAGGGUUCCUGGGGGCCAUAUUUACAUUUUACAAAUAUGAAAAUUCCACUCUUACUUGACGGGUUUUUUAUACUGUACCAUAUAGUUUAAAGAUGAUUUCCUGUCAAUGAUUAUCUUCAUAUAUUCAAAAUUAUGCUUUUUAGUGUAAUUCAAAAAAGUGUUAGUGACUAUACACUAUUGUACUUAAAUCCUCCUCAAAUACAAUAGUAGUAAUACAGAGCAGUAGUGAUAUAGUACUAUAAUUUGGCAGAUGAAUAACUAAAAUGUAUCUCUACAUUAGGGAUAUGCAUAAAUUUUACUCUAACUGUAUAACAUAGUAGGCAAAGUUCUACUCAGAAUAAGAACAUUACAAUAGAGGAAGCUGCAACAGACCUGUUGACCAUGUAAGGCAGCUUCAAAAGUAUCAUGAACAUUAUGCAUGAUAUACAAGCCUUAGGUAUGGAGUCCUAUGACUGUAUUGUUUAAUAUCACUUCUGCUCAAUUAACUAAGCAAGCUUUUGCAUAAAAAACUUAUGAAUAUUCUGUGAUAAAAAGGGACAAUAAAUAAAUACUUGUACAAAGUGUAUGUAUGCAGUACUGACCUUCAGGAGUAUGUAAUUUUUAUGUAAUACUCUUCUUGAAAAACAACUACUGUAUUAAAUUAUAUUACUCUACCACUGAUUCACACAUUGAUUACCUAUGUAAAGAAACUCCAAGUUGAAACAAGACUAUCUUGAAAGUGGCAUUUCUCUUGUAAAGGUUACAUAAUUCAGAGAUACACAGGCUUGUGAUAUAAAGGGAAAAUGAAGGCAAGCCAAUGUCAUUAAGAUGAGGGAGAGAAUAUAUCACAUUUUUCAAGUAGUAAUUUAAGUUAGGUUGCUAUAAUGAUUUUCUUUGGUUCAGUUUAAUGGUAUUUUGGCGUUUGAUGGCUGCAGAUUCUACAUCGUCACACAGGAAAACCAGGAGUAACGCCUCGUGAACUUUAGGAUACUUAGCCUGAAAUUAAAAAAAAAAACUAUGUAGGAAAGUCUGAUAGUUUGAGCUAUCAAAUACUAUACAGUAUUACAAUCAAAUAAAAGAAAGAAAGGAAAAUUCAGUAUUGCAACCCCAUAUUCUAAAUUGCUACUAGAAAACUAUAUGUAUUGUGAUCUACAGUAUUUAAUCCAUCACCUUCAUAACCUUGGCUACAAAGGAUUAAAACUAUUUCACACCAUUUUCCCUUUAGAAGCAGCAAUCCUUGUGUAUCCCCUAUAGACUUGAUAAAGCCCUUUCAUGUGAAAUGUUAUCCUACAUAAAGCGUCUGCUCAACUUGAUGUUUCUCUGUAUCAUCAUCAGAACUCUGUUCAACCAUGAGUUAAUUAUGCAAGAAAAGUUUGAGGACAAAUUAUAUUCGUUUCUAAUUUCAUAUAGAAUACUCUCUAGUUACAAGUACUGUAUGUACAGAGUCAAAACAAAUUAAAACAAAAAAAAAAAUUCUCCUUGGGUUGCUUUCAUUAAAGAGGUUGUAUGGAACUGGGAACCAACAUGCUAUUGGUGAUACAAGAGGAUCACUAAAUCUUGAACUUGAGCUCUAAUAACCUGACCAUUCUAUUUGUGAUAACUGAUUAUCCCAUAUUUUUGCACCAUGUUGUGUGCACUAAAUGUAGAAUGAGGGUGUGAUUAAAGGAUAUUUUUCAUAAAUAUA